UAUUCUCAAGCCACUAAGAUUGAUAAAGACAAUCACAAUUAAACAAUGAUCUAGAUCUAACCAGUGUACUUUAUGGAAUACAUCAAAAAUGAGAUUUUAUUUUGAAGUUCUGGUUGUAAUUAUUUUCAUUCAUUUCUCUUCCGGUGAAUAUAAGCGAGUGUGUUAUGUUGAAGAAUGGGCAAGAUACAGAAAGGGUGAAGAUAAAUUUACCCCAGAAGACAUUGAUCCUAACCUAUGUACGCAUCUAAUGUUCGCCUUUGCCACACUAGAUUCUACGGCUACCAAAAUUAAACCUACGGAUCCAUCAGAUGAUCCUUCUUUUUACAAGAGAUUUAAUGAUUUAAAACUUAAAAAUCCUAAAUUAAAAACAAUGUUAAGUGUCGGUGGAUGGAGUAUGGGAUCGGAUUUAUUUCAUAAAGCAGUUGCAACGGAUUCCUCACGAAACAGACUAGCUGUUAAUGUGGUUAAAUACUUACGAAGUAGAAACUUUGAUGGAAUAGAUGUUGACUGGGAAUUUCCAGCUAAAAGAGGAAGUACUGUUGACGAUAAACAUAAAUUUACAUCAUUUCUUAAGGCUCUGAGAACAGCUGGUGAAAAUGAUGCCAGACAAAGUGGUAAAGAAAGAAUUCUGGUAUCAGCAGCAUUAAAUCCCAUGGAAACCAUGUUUCAAACGUCAUAUGAAAUACCAGAAAUAUCAAACUAUUUGGAUUUCAUCAAUUUAAUGCUUUAUGACCUACACGGUGAUUGGGAUGAAUUAUUAAAAGCAGCUCACCAUGCACCAUUGUACCCAACACAAGGUGAUCCUAAAAACAAUAUUCACUACCUUGCCUCUGUAUGGGUAGCGAAAGGAGUACCAAAGUCUAAAUUAAUCCUUGGGGUACCUUUCUAUGGUAAAAGCUUUCAUUUGGUGGACAAAUCUAAAUCAAGUCUCGGGUCCUCAGCGACUGGCGGUGCUGGUGAUAUAACUUAUAGAGAAAUAUGUAAGUUGAUACAGAAAGGUGCCGUAGUAAACCGAAUUACCGAUGCUAAAGUACCAUAUGUAUUACAUAGUGGGGACAAAUGGACCGGAUAUGACGACGAGAAAAGUCUACAAGAAAAGAUGAAAUACAUUAUAAAUCAUGGUUAUGGAGGAGCUAUGGUGUGGGCUCUAGACCAAGAUGAUUUUAAAGGUGCUUGUGGUAAAAGAUAUCCUCUAAUUUCUGCGAUGAAGAAUACUUUAGAGGGUCGAUUAAUCGGUUAAACGUUUACCAAUUCGAUUUAAAAAUAUACUUAUUUUAGUAAAUUGUCUGUAUUGUAAUAAACGUUUAUGGUAUUAAAUCUUACUUAU